AUGGUGUUGUACUGUGUUAACUUGAAGGAUAGGAAGUUCGAGUUCUUUGACGCUAGCGGUGGCAAAUUUACACCCUUACUACAAAAACUUUGUGAACAUGUGGUAAAUUUUGUGACUCAGUACAUCGAUGUGGUUUUGCAGCUGAACUACAACUGGGGAGAUUUCCGUUGGCGUCAAGUGACAAGUAUUAACAGCCAUGAAGACACACACGGGGGCAUUGUUUGCUUGAAAUUCUGUGAGUUGUGGGAAGGCAAACUUCUGACUGUUUGGAAGAGAACAUGGCGUGGACAAACUUAUCUGAGGAGCAGGUCUGCUCAAAUGGUUCAGAAGACCAUUGAAGACCCGAGUAAUUUGCAGCUGCAGGAAAUGACUGGUAAAGCUAUGGAUAUGCAAGAGGGACUACUACGUGGAUACACCCAGGUGUCACAUCAGUAG